UGUGAAAUACCAACUUCCGCUGUCAGCUCGCAAAAACAAGAAUAAAAUGUUUAUGUUCCUUAUAAAAUUGUUGACAUUCUGGUAUUGAUGAAUAGAGUUAAAGAAAAGACCUUGUAUUGUAUAAUCACCAAGAUGUGUGCGUUACCUAAACUACUUAAGCCAGUUUGUGAGGCUGCCGCGUGACUGCCAGUUGGCCUAUUCAACCUGGACUUGGCAAUGCGGAUGAUGCUUUAUGCUGUCUGGCUAGCACAGUGGUAGUUACGCUCACUUCUUACCUUGGCAACCCCAGUUCAAUUCUCACACCUGCCAACAUGGAGACAGCAAUCAUGAUUACACCACCAUCUCUGUAUGAAAUUGCGCGCAUUGUCUGCAUGCAAGUGCUUUUAGAAGAACAUCAUGCAGCACAGAGGAUAGAGCACACGGAAAUUGAGGAAACAGAUGAUGUGGUUUUGGUUGAAACAUUGGGCUCUGAAGAUAAUUGCCAUGACAAUGAAAGCAUGAAUAAUAUUCAAUUCAGAAGCUCUAGCUGCGAAUUCAUAGUGGUUAAUCAUGAAUUACCUGAUAUGUUCUGUGAUAAGAGUGAAGUAAACAGCCAAGAAACUGACAAACCAUCUUAUCACCCCAGAGAAUCUACAGGAGUUGAAGAUUCAUUUGGAACACUUCAGAACCAAACAUUAAGUGAUGUAAAACAGUCAGGCAACUGUUUUGAGGAUAGAGAAUUAGUGACAGAUAAAGAUAAAGAUAUUGAUGAAAUAGAUGCAAAAUUGCCCAAAAACCAGGAUUUAAAUGAAAACGAUUUUGAAAAUGAUAAACAAAGACAUAUUGAACAAUUAAAGAAAUUGAUGAAGUUGAGUAAUCUUUAUUAUGUAACCAGACUUUUAGAGACCAACUGUUUCACGGCAAUUUCAGGGGAAAUUUUAUCAAGGAUUUUAAAGUAUUGCCCAUCCAAGCUGACAGAUCGUCUUCUGCUGGCUCUGGUCCCUCCCCAUGCCACGGAGCUCCAUCUACAGAAAUGUGAAUCCUUGACACUCACCGGUGUUGUGCAGGUGCUUCACAAGUGCAGACACAUUCACGUGGUGAACCUGUCCGAGACACCAAACGUUACUUGUGCAGAUUUGUUUGAGUACAUGGGCAUAUAUGGUUUCCCUCUUACCACCCUUAUUCUGGAACAGAACGACGUCAUAGAUGACCAUUGUGUGCAUCGUAUUCUAGGAAGCCUUCCCCUGUUGACGACACUGAAUGUGUCUUCCUGCAGUGCAAUCACAGACAAUGUAUUCUUGCUCCACGAGUACAACCAACGGAAGAAGGAAGUCAUACCACAUCCUGCAGCAGACAUAAUGACCGCAGCGAGUCCAUACAGCCUAACCAGUGUGGACAUCUCAGGCUGUCGCCAGCUGACCAAUGAUGCGGUCAAACAUCUCGUGUCCUUGGCUGGACCACAGCUAAGGCACGUGGAUAUAUCCUUCACUUCAAUAGACUGCAUUGCCCUCCUGUACCUUGGUGGUUACUCUUUCCCAGCAGUUAUCGAUCUCAUUAUCACGAACGAUUUGUUCAAGAAAGACCCGGACCUGCGUAAUUUCCGUAACGCAUGUCUUGAGCUCUGUGAGGUGUACAAUCAACAGUAUGCAGACCUCUAUGACAAUGACUUGCAGACUGAUGAAGAAAAAAUAAGGUCACAUCAAAAUCAGUCAGGUUUGGGUGAAGAGGAGACAAAAGUCCAUAAGGUCAAAUCUGAUAUGGGACGGGAUUAUGAAAACCAGAUAAGUUUGUUAAAAAAUGAUAAGACAGUCAAAGAAAAUGGUGAUGAACAGAGGAGGGCAAACAGAAACCUGUCAAGUUCUAGUGAAGAUGACAGCAAAAUCGGUGAUGAUGAAGAUGAUAAUGAUGAGAAUGAAGGCCAAAAUGAGCUUGAAGAUGAAGAUCAUGAUAGUUUUGGUGCUGUUGAAAGUGAAAUUGACGAGAUUGAUGAUGAAGAUGAUUCUGAUGAGCGAGAAGAAGAACAAGAGUCAUUUGAUGAGAUUGCAGAUAACAUGCAACAAUCAGAUAGUAUGGACGAUUUGAAUGUUGAAAGUGAAAGUCACUCUUUUGAAGCGUUAGAGAGCAAUUUUGAAGAUUGCUUAGAAAUGCUUGAAGGAUGCCUUAUAGAAUCAGACUCCAAUAUUGAUGUUAAUGAGAUGGACAGAAUUCUUGAUCUCGUUGCUAAAGACAAUGCAGACUUUUAUGAAACAAGUGUUGUUCAUGAGCCACUUAUGAAGUCGUUUAAGGUGUCUCAAGAACAUUGUUCUUUAAUCAGUGAGGAAGAUGUAACCAAAGAUACAAUAUGUGAUGAGAAUCAAAAAAAGAUAAUGGGUAUCCAAGAACCUUUUGCUGAGGCUGCAGAUGAAACAGAUGAAAUUAUUGAUGAAACAUUUAACGCAGUUGGUUAUAAAGGCAUAAGUUCACAAUAUGUAUCAGACAGUUUGAAUGGUUUAGAACAUGAUGUGAUGCAGGGAAUGGAGACAAAAUAUAUAGAUAAAGCAGAUAUCAUAGGUAGCAACUGUGGAAUGUGUUAUCAAAUAAGGCAGCAAGUUACCCAGCAACAACAAGAUGUUACAAUGCCUUUGCAGGAUACGUCAAAAUGCUCGCAACUUUAUGAAGAUAGUGGAAUAGAUGUUGAUAGCAAAGAAACAGACGGGAGCUGGUCUAGUAUAUUUGUGCCUGAAAAUGAUGACUUAAAUGUAAUUCAAAUAGAAAUGAACCAAGAAACAUGUUUUGAAGAUUGUGGGGUAAGACUUCUUAAGUCUCCAUCUAAAGAGGAAGAAGAGGUAGCUCACCCUAUUCUUGCUGAUAGUGAAAGUGCAAACAAGCUAUACAUGGAAGAUUGUCUUUGUAAAAGUAAACCUGAUUUACUUGCGGGUGAUGAAACAAACAAAUUUGAUAAACAGGUCAACUCUUCAGAUGGAUAUAUGAAUGCUAGUGCAUGCGAUGUAGAUGCAGAAAUUGGCAACUGCUACGAAGACUUUACACUUAAAACAGAAACAAAAGUAACAGGAGCAAGCACAAAAAGUGUUAAUGUAUCAAAAACAGCUGAAGAUAUUAAUUUUGAAAAUUCUGUAAAUAAUGUGGAAAAUACAGCUGUUAACACGGACAACUUUGAAACAAUCCCCUUCCAGUGCCAGAAACAAAUUGAAUCUUGUCAAGUCCAACAGUUACCUGCUGAUUCUGAUACUCUAAGAACUUUAGAGCCAUUAGCUGAUGGAAGCGCUGAGAAUACUUCCUAUUCAGCCUGUAAAACUGAAAAACCUUCUGUUAAGUCCCACCAUACGGACAUGGCACAAAAGUGUCAUUUUUCGUAUGCUGAGAAGCUGUUUAAGCCACAAAUAAUUACCCUUAACGUGAGUGGGAUAAAGUUCUUGAGUCGACAGUCAGAGCUUGGCCAGCUUUGCUUAGAGAAGUUUUUACAGGCUAAUAGUACAUUGGAAAAACUGUCAGUUGCCUGGAAGGGUCUCACUAUUGAGUGGUUCAAGCGGGUGCUAUGUCAUCUGGAUAAGCUGCGCACAGUGGAGUUGGUAGAGUGUACGAUGUUACAGAGUGCUGGAGUGGCGGCCCUUGGUAGAUGUUGUACACAGUUGCAGUCUGUCAACCUUAGAGGAGUUGUGUUCAUCACUGAUUCAGCACUGGUUCCCUACUUGACUCAGCGCAAUUUGAGUCGUCUGUUGAUUGCUGAGAGCCAGAACAUCUCAGACAGGAUUCUGGGACUAAUUUCCUGCAGACUGGCUGAUACUCUCACUCAUCUUGACCUGUCGUGGUGUGAAGAUAUCAGCGAGAAAGGCAUCAACAAUAUCUGCAUGAAGUGCUCGAACCUCAAAUGCCUGUACCUGAAGAAAUGUCCUAUAUCAGACAGUACCCUGCAGCUGUUGGCUGAAAACGCACGCGACAUCGAAGAAUUAUCCGUGGAAGUCUCCGACCUAAAGGAGGACAUGUUAACCGACUCUGGCCUCAUAGUUCUGUCAGAGAACUUAACAAAGCUGCGGAUACUCGACAUCAGCUGGAAUCUGUCUGUUACAGACCUAGGGCUGUACGCGAUCUUGAAGAACUGUGCACUGUUGGAGGAAGCCAACCUUCGUGGGCUAAAACAGAUCACGAUAGCGCCUUUGAUGCAUAUGAUUGACAGUUAUGCAGACUUAAAAGCCUCCAGUCUUGGUAAUUUGGAGCCCCUUCCCCAAAGAUCUCGGGUGUUUGCCCCGAAUCUUCGUGUGCUUGACCUAGAUUACAGCGACCUUGUGAAUGACCAACUUCUGCAGAUGAUUGUCAACGUUUGCCGUGGAACACUGAACGUGACUGACUACUAUGGCACCAAAAUGGUGCCAGAUUCUGAGUGAAUUUUCUGUGACAUAAUUAUGAGCCUUGCUGUGGAAAAAUAGGGUUUAAUGCAUGUGAGUAAAGUGUUAUCCAAGAUUAGCCUGUGCAGUCUGAACAGGCUUGUCAGAGAUGACACUUUCCGCGUUUAUGGUAUUUUUGGUUUGAAGGAAGUCUCUUUUUAGACUGCACGGGCUUAUCUGUGACACCACUUUCGGCACAUGCAUAAAACGAGGCUCUGAUGUACAAUUAAUGUACAAUUCCUAGAAAAGAUCUUUCAGUGCAAUUUGUAGAAAUAUACAAGAUCAUGUGUUGCACUAUGCAUUUACAAUUGUUGAUAUGUUAUUGUUAUAAGCUUGUCUAUAACAGUAGGUUGCACCUUCAUCAACCAUGAAUGUAUAUAAGUGAUAGUGACUGUGAUGUAGACUGUGGUACUAUGUGAUUAUGAACAAAAAUUGUUUGUCCUAAUUAUUUGUAAUAUUUGUUACUGAGUGUGAUUGUCUCAUGUGUUUUGUGUGUGCGUGAAUUGUUGCUGUUACUUGAAUUUUAAUAGCAUGAAAUUAAAAUUAGCCUUGUUCUCUGUUCCUGCUCACCAACAGUCUAACCUUGACCAAACUAUAUGUUGAAGUUGAUUUUUAGCUCGGCUGUUUUCGGAGAAAACCCGAGGUAUUGUCAUAGCCUCCUCAACUACCAGCGUCGUGCUAAAACCUUUACAUUGGCUCUAAAAUUAAAGUGCUUCCACCUACAACUUUGAAACUUUAUGUGUACAUGCACCUUGACGAGUUCUACACGCCACACCCAUUUUUGGGUCACUAUGUCAAAGGUCAAGGUCACUGUGACCUCUAAUAUAAAACUUUAACUUUGCCUCUAACAUCAUAGUGCUUCCACCUACAACUUUGAAACUUCAUAUGUACAUGCACCUUGAUGACUUUCACAUGCCUAACCCAUUUUUGGGUAACUAGGUCAAAGGUGAAGGUCACUGUGACCUCUAAUAUAAAACUUUAACUUUGCCUCUAGCAUCACAGUGCUUCCACCUACAACUUUGAAACUUCAUAUGUACAUGCACCUUGAUGAGUUCUACACGCCACACCCAUUUUUGGGUCCCUAGGUCAAAGGUCAAGGUCACUGUGACCUCUAAUAUAAAACUUUCACUUUGCCUCUAACAUCAUAGUGCGUCCACCUACAACUUUGAAACUUUAUAUGUACAUGCACCUUAAUGAGUUCUACAUGCCACACCCAUUUUGGGUCACUAGGAGAAAGGUCAAGGUCACUGUGACCUCUAAAAAAAAAAAAUCAGACAAGCUUUCGCAGCCGAGCGUGGCACCCGAUAUGCGGUGCUCUUGUUAAAAUAUGUAUUAUACGAGAUUGAUUAUGUAGCAAAUUACUCCAGAAACUGUAAUAACAGGGUAUGUUUCGCUGACGUACUAGUAUCUUAAAUGUUGAACUUCUUAGUAUGAGCAUACAUCUUCACAAAAAAUUAAAAUAAAUUAUUAAAAUCUAAUAUUGCUUUUAACUUUGAUCAGCUAUAAUUAUUAACAAACAGCUCUGGUUAUUUUAAUGUACCCAAUUACCCAUGCUUGUUUGGUGUUUAUCAUUCCUCACAGAUCAUGGUCAUAACGCAAAUUGUAGCAUUGCAUUAAGUUUCAGUGGAUGUCCAACAGGCAAUGCGUGUUUCACAAUAUUCUUGUCACUGAACAAGUCCUUUUUAUGACAAUUUGAGAAAAACUUAUUUGCCUAACUUUUACUAAAGAAGACCAAGUAUGUUUAAAUUUGUGCAAUUAUUUAAUGAAACUAAAUAAACAGUAUUAAUUCUUCUAGCUUAUUUUUGCAUCAAAGCUUUUAUACUUAGGGCGGACAAUAUAUAAAUAUGUUAUAUUAUUUUUCAAUGUUGAAGGGUCUUUUCAAAAGUAUAUAUAUUCAAUUAUGUAAAUGUGAAUUGUUCAAGUAUUACAUUUUAAUACUCUUUGCAAAUUAAGACCCAUCUCAUAUUGUUCUGGCAUUCUCACAAUAAGCCAUGCUAGUAUAUAACUGAUGUACUGUAUACAAUGACAUGUAUUGUUGAUGAUUGUAAAUUUGUUUUUUUUCUGUUUACAUUAUUGUGACGAUGAGCUGUAUAUGCGUAAGUCGUAAAUAAACAUUCUGUUCUGUUAUUUGAUAAUAACUACCUACGUAAAAUAUAACAAUUUUACAACAAAAUUUUUAAAUGUUUUAUUGAAUAGUUUUGUUGAUAUCACUUUACAAAUGAACAUCAAGGAGCUUGAACUAAUACUACUCAUCCAAGUCUGGUAUUCAAAACUGCUUUCAUAUUAAAUGACGGUUUAAAUGCAUUAAAAACAUUUAUUCAUGUACAGGUGUAUAUUAUGCAACCUUACAUUUAGUUGUAUCCCUAUUGUAAGUUUGGCUUAUAUACAAAUAUGUUGUAAACAUUAAAGCUUUUAAUUCCGUCAUCUGAUUUACCAGAAUGUCAUGUUUGAAGUCUGAAAUAAGUAUGCAUUUGACUUUGUGUAUUGAGAGGAAAUAACUUUGGCAGUAUUUGAUAUUGUGUAUUUCAGUAGAAUGAAAACUAAUGCAGUCCUGGUUAUAUACUUGUAUACAUUUUUUCCUAUACAAUUUAAAUGGCUUCGAACAAAUUAUUAACACCUGUACAAGUACAUGCAAAAGUGUCAUUCAGUGUCAAUAUACUUCAAAUGAAAAAACACACCACCUUUAAGAUGUGUUUAGCAGCAGAAGUUUGCUGAAUUGUACACAGUAUACAACAAUUAGCACAGUAUAAAAUGUUUGUUAUCAUCAUAUUUGUUACGUAAUAAAAAUAUUACAAA